AUGGUCGGUCGCGUCAGCGACAUCGAUAUACGCCUGCUGCGGAUCUUCGUCGCGGUGGUUGACGCGGGCGGCUUUUCGCUGGCCGUGGCACGCCUCAAUCUCGCCGAAUCCACAGUCAGCCAGCACAUGGCCGAUCUGGAGACGCGUUUGGGCCUGCGCCUUUGCGAGCGCGGCCGCGGCGGCUUUCAUGUCACGCCCGCCGGCGAGGAAGUCUACCGGCUGGCCAUCAACAUGCUGCUCGAUCUCGAGGAGUUUCGCGACCAGCUCACCUCGAUACGAUCGGGGGUGGCCGGCACGCUGCGGAUCGGUUUGCCCGACGGGAUCAUCGGCGACCCGCACUUUCCGAUUGGCCGGCAACUGGCCCAGUUCCUCAAGCGCUAUCCGGAGAUCCAGCUUGAGAUCAACAUGCGCUCGCCACGGGUGCUCGAGCGCUCGGUUCAAGAUGGCGAUCUCCUUUUGGCGAUCGGGCCGCGCCACCGUCGCGUUUCCGGCCUGCGCUUCGUGCCGAUCUAUGCCGAAGCCAAUUCGCUUUACUGCGGGCGCGGCCACGACCUUUUCGGCGUGCCGCCCGAGAAGCUGGCGGCCAAGGAUGUCGAGCAGUUCGACCGGAUUGCGCGCGGCUAUCUGGACCGUUUCGAUGCCCAGUUCUUCCGCGACCAGACAUAUCGGAUCACCGUUCAUCAGGUGGAAGCGGCGGCCAUGAUGAUCCUGGCGGGCGCCGGCAUCGGCUUCCUGCCCGAUCAUUUCGCGGCCGCCUAUGUGGAGCGGGGCGAGUUGUGGCGGGUCAAACCCGACCACUUCCGGUUCGACAGCGACAUGGGCGCGAUUUUGCAUCCGUCGAAAUCGGACGAACCGAAGGUCUCCCGCCUGCUAAAGAUGCUGGAUAUCGGCUGA